AUGGAGCUGUUAGCACUAGCCCUCCUCCUCCUCCUCCUAUCCACACAACACUCCCGACUCCUCUGGAACCUUCUCGACUCCUGCGACGUUAUCCUGACCUCUAUAGACAACUGCGCGAGUCUGGCGUACCACUCCCCGCGCGAGGUGGACAACCCCAGGUUCAAACCUCCUGCGCUGUGGCCUCCUAAGGGAGGGCUGCUUUUCCAGGACGUCUUCGCUAGCAUGUCCGUCGAUCAGGAGCCGCAACUGAGGAAUAUUACGUUUAGCGUGAAACCUGGGACUAAGAUUGGAGUAGGAAGCUCUCAGAAUGGUGGCAAGAACUUCAUAGUACCCCUCAUUUUUAGGAGCCUGCAUGUGCAUAACGGUGACAUAAAGAUAGACGACUGGGACACGCAGUCACUCUCUCUGGAGGAUCUGAGGAAAUCUAUUGGAUUUGUUCCUACUGAUCCGCCUGUUUUCAAGGGAUCAGUCAGAUACAAUUUGGAUCCGAUAGAAAAGUUUACAGAUGAAGAGAUAUGGGCAGCACUUGAGACUGUAUCUUUGAAAGAUUACAUUACAGAACUUCCUGGUGGAUUACAAUCUGAUGACGUGUACAGUUUUGACCGGGAAUCUAGAAGACUACUCUCCCUAGCCAUGAUGAUUCUUAACCACUUUAACAUAAUUGUUGUCGAGGAACCUAAAGUUAUCUCAAAUACUGAGCUUCUCAACGCUUUCACUAAGGUGCUCGACGAAGACCUGUCCAAGACAACUAGAAUAGUAAUAGGACAGAGAUCAGACACCCUCCUCUCCUGUGACACAGUUCUCCUCCUGAACCAGGGCAGAAUAGCGUCACUGGGCACUAAGGCUGAGUUGGAGGAGGGCGGCUGCCCGCAUUAUGGGACUUUGAGGCGGGCCUCAAGACUUGUCAGCUCUUCUUGA